AUGCAUGGAGGCCCAGGUCCAGGGGGGCGAUUUGCGACGAUGCUGGGCCGUAGCGGGGCUUGUGCAAGUACGCUGUGCAAUGGCCUCUUCAUUUCGAACCGCACGCUGCCCAGCCUGCUCUCCAGCGAGGGCUGCCUGCUGGGCUGCGCUUUGCUGCCGACUCUAGUUACAUCGAACCUGCUCAAGUACACCUUCGAUCAACGGCUGAAAUCGGUCACCACCACUGUGGGGCAGAUUGUUGUGAAGGCGAUUGUGCAGAGCGAUACGAGCCAGCCUUUCUCGUGUCUGAUUGAGACCUCAGCGCAGGCGCCAUGA